CGCCGGGCGGAUUUCACAACGGGAAAGAACCAACGGAAGUGUUCAUGAUAUCAGAAAGCCCCUCUUCUCAUUGGAGCGGUGGUGUUUCUGCAGUUUGAAGGACAGGGAACAACGUAGAAGUUGAACGCGAUAUCUCCAGGGGUUCAGGAUGGGUGUUCAGGGGCUGUGGGAGCUGUUGGCCCCCGUCGGCCGGCGUGUGUCCGUGGAAGCUCUUGGAGGCAAGCGACUGGCAGUUGAUGCAAGCAUCUGGAUUGUCCAGUUCAUGAAGGCGAUGCGCAAUGACCAAGGCGAGAUGCUCCGUAACGCACACUUGCUGGGGUUCUUCCGGCGCAUCUGCAAGCUGCUGUACCUGCGCGUGAAGCCCGUCUUUGUGUUUGACGGGGGCACCCCCGCUCUGAAGCGGCAGACGGUCAUGGCUCGCAGGCGGCAGAGGGACAAGUCUCAGGCAAAGAUCAGGAAAACCGCUGAGAAGCUGCUCCUGAACCAUCUCCGAACCCAAUGCUUGGAAGAGCUCGUCGAGAAGAAGACCAAGGCCUCCCGCCUGAAAAUGCAAUCACCAGUCCCUGGGGCGACUUUCACCCCAGACUCUGCCCCCCCGGAAGAACCAGCCCCGCAGCGAAAGCAGCGGAGGGGGGUCCGUGCAGAUGGGAGGGGUCAGUUUAGUGUCGUGCGAGGUGCCGAGAACAAGAAGGGGAAAGCGCUGAAGAGGCGGCUGAGGAGAAGGAUCAAGGAGAAAGGAGUGCGGAGGCGCCAGGCAGCGGCACAAGGGGGUCAGGGGGAAGACGGGGAAGUUGAGAGCGAGGGAGAUGGGGAAGAAGACGUUGAGCUUGAAGAGGAGGAGGAGGAGGAAGAGUGGGAGGAAGGGCAAGGGGGUCUUGGGGAUGGAGAUGCUGGGGCGUCGACAAAUACCCAUGCGGCGCAAGGAGCUGAAACAGGGAAGGUUAUUGGCCAAAUGUCUCAGGGGCCUGGUCAAAGUCCGCCGGGGGCCAGUGCAGGUGGAUUGGCGUCGAUGGCGGGUUCUGCGGGAACAGCGGCUCGAAAUUUCAGAGGGGAACAGGGGUUGGGGCUUCCUGGUUCGGGAAUGUCGGCCUCGAUAGAGCGACGGCCUGCUGCAGAACCGCAGGGUGCAAAGGCUCCCUCAUCCGGACCUUUGCCGACGUCAAGUCUCGCACAGCCCGUCUCGAAUGGAACCCGAUCCUUGCAAUUGAGCAGCAGUGCCGGUCAACCAUUGCAGAUCAUGGCCGGCCCUUCUGGAUUGAGUUCGCACCAAAACGGGGGUCCCUCAGCCAAUGGGCUUCAAAACGAGGGGGCUGGAACGCAGGCGGGUAAAGGGGAGGAGGACGAUGAAGAGGAGGAGGAGGGGGAGUUGAUCAUGAUGCCAGAUACGGACAACGCGCUGGAUCCGACGGUGCUGGCGUCGCUGCCGGCGUCGGUGCAGAUCGAGCUGAUGCAGCAGAUGAGGGAGCGGCGAGUCGCGCAGAACCGCGAGAAGUUCAGGCAAGUGGCCAAGGUCCCCGAGUCCUUUUCCAGCAUCCAAAUGGAGGCGUACCUAAAGAACGUGGCGAUGCGGCGCGACGUUGCCAAAGUACACGAGGCGAUGGCCAAAGGCACCAAGGUCAUCCCUGGCAUGGAAGACGUUCCGGCCAUGCGGAUUGCGAGCGAGCAGGGGCGAGAGUUUAUUUUCAAGAGCAAUCCUGAGAGGGCUGACUCGGAAUCUCAGGACGGUUUUAAGGCAGCUUUGGGAGUAAAAGGCUUAGGCCGGGGGUUGGGGGCGAGGAAAGUCCAGAAGCCAGGGGCGUUGAAAUGGAGACAGAGCGAGAAGGACAAAGUGGAAAGCUACAAGGAGAAGCCGUCGUGGUUCAAGGCGAGCCCGUAUGGGUUGGGUGAGGUUAAGUUGGAAUCGGUUAGCGACGGGGUGAUUGGCGUGGUCAAUGCGGAGACGGUCAGUGAUGCCGGUUAUGGCGAACUGCAAGUGGUUAAGGAGGAGCUGGAAAGUGCUGGAGGGAGCGGGAAAGUUUUGGUUGCAAUUGACCCGGAGCUUGCGGUGCUUGAUACGAAUUCGCAAUGGUCGAUGGGGGGGCGUUCGUGGUGGGGGGGGGAGGUCGGGAGGGGGGCGAGAGGGGGGGGGAGAGAGGGACGAGGAAGGGGGGGCAGAGGCGACAAUGGCGCCGACAAGUUCCUGGGGGGGUGGAUGAAAGUGCUGAAGCUGACCAAGGACGAGUGGGAGGACGGCGCCGGGGGGGGCGAUGUCGCUGUGAGCGUCGAGGGGGGUGCAGAGGUGCAGGGUGAUGAUUUGUUCACAGCCGACAUGUUCAAGAAAGGAGGGGCGAGGGAAAAGCUGGAUCCAGGGGUAGUUGCGGAAGUGGCCCGGGCGGCGGCGGAGCGGUUGGCGAAAGCGAACGGAUUGGGCGGAAUGGCGAACGGAAUGGGCGGAACGGAGCAGGAAAGAGCCGAUGCAGAGAUCAGCAUCGGCAUCCAAGUUGCGCAGAAGGAUGGUGGCGAGGGAGGGGCUCACGUAAACGAGAGAGUGGCUGACGAAAGCGGAAGAGGGGCUGACGUAAGCGAGAUGGGUAACGGCCAUGGCUUGGUUGUGAGUGAGGACGAGAUGGACUGGGAAGAUGGGGGCGUGCUCGAAACCGGGGGGGUGGCAAGGAACUCAGUCGCUGCUACAAUUGCUGACCAAGCGCAGACAGAAAUGGGAGCCGGAAAGUUUGAGAGCGUGGAGAACGUGGGGUUAAAGAAGCCGGGGAUAGCGAGUCGAGGACUGAUUUCCAAAGCGGGUGCUAGACGUCUCGAAGAAACGCUUGUUCUAACAGCGGAUGGAGAAAGCGUGCGCCCGUUUGUGAUGGACGACGGGAGCGAUGUCGAGUGGGAGGACGGCAGCGGGCAGUUUGGGAAAGCGGACCCGGUGUCGAAACCUUUAGACUUCUCCAGCGAGCAAAGUGAGACUGCAGGAAGCCUAGACGAUCUGGCGACACUGGCGGCGGUUCUGGACGAUCCGACGGGGGCGCUGCCGAGCAUUGGCGCGCUGGCGGAGGACGCGGACUUGGAAGAAGCGAUACGGAGAAGCCUAAAGGAUUUCCAGGGGGCUGGCGGCGCGGCAGGGGGCGGGAAAGCCUCUAAGGGAAUUGUCAUCCGAGAAGGAAAAGGAGCGGGAGAACCACUAGCUGCAGCAAACAAUGGAAAGCAGCCAGCGACCGACUCGGUAGUGGAGAUUGCGGAUGGAGAAGAGGCGUUUUUCGCGCGGGAGAGGGCGAGAAAGGGCAAGGGAAGAGUUGGGGAGGAACAGGCUGCGAGGCAUGAGGAACCAGAUUGUAAAGUAAAUAAGCCCUUAACGGGCGCUGCAAAUGUCCCCUCCAGUGUACAGACAGGUGACGGAAAAGCACGCCCCCAGCAAACGGACAUUUCUCAAGUCCAACCAGACGAACGCGCUUCUGGACAGGUUUCGGACCAAACAAGAUCCUUAAACCCACCACUUGUUGACGCAGCAACGCUCCCUCCAUCCGUGCUACCGAGCAUUUUGCCGGACCCCAUUCCGAGCGCUCCGGCAGUAACAGCGGAUCCGACAGUCUCUGCAAACCCCUCCGCGGAUCUUAACCCUCAGUCAAAGUUCUCGCCUGAGGGGCUUUUGACUCCGCCACUGAACACCCCCUCCAAAAUAACGCCUCCAGCUGGGUCAAACCCUCUUCCAAACCCUGUUGAAAACCCCUCUCUAACCGGCACCGCGAGCAAAUCGAGCGCUCGGCCCACAAACGGUCUCCCAAAAGUGAGUGACUCGUUACCCCCCCGGCCCAGCAAUAUGCGGAACCCGUUUGCGGACGACGCCCCUCCGUCUUUUCCGGACAUUGACGAGCUUCUCGAGGACGAGGAAGAGCUGUCGGAAGACCGGCACGAACUAGAGCGGCGGGAGAAGGAGGCGCAGGACUGGGAACGCGCCGAGCAGGAGACUCUGGAGAUGGAGGCCGCCAUCGCCGAGAGCCUUGUGGAUUCCGUUCCCGGAACCGGGGGGCCGGAAUUCCGUGCGGGGGCGUCCGGAAGCGCGGCGAGCGGUGUGCACGAAAAGCAACUAGGUGCGGGCGAAUCGUCACGGAGAGAACUGGCAGGAUCACGGUCGGAAGUGGAAGUCGGACGAAGUGCGGGGCUCGAUUUCGGGGGAUCAUCCGAUGCGGACGCUCCCAACGGGGGGGCGGCUCACGAGCCGGACGCCGCUCUGGGGGCGUCGGGAGGGGUGAGGAUAGCGACCCCCCGGGGCGGGGAAGUGAUGUUUGAGGGGAGCACGCAGCAGGGGCGCUUGUUAAGGGAGCAGGAGACAAGGCGGGCGGAAAGGGAAAAGCUAGCGGAGGAAAAGGCGAAGCGGGAAGCGUUGGAGAAGGAGGCGGAGAUGCAGGACGAGCGGGAAAGGUUGGCAGCAGAAGAAGCGGCGCUGCAGGCUGAGAUUGAGCGCGAGCGCGCGCUCUUGGAGGACGAAGAAGCCGAGCUGCAGUACGCGCAGCGCGCCAACACGAUCAACGCCGAGUCGGCUACCGGGGAGAUGUUCUCCGAGUGCCAGGAGCUGCUGCAAAUGUUCGGCAUCCCGUUCAUUAUUGCGCCGAUGGAGGCAGAGGCGCAGUGCGCGGCAAUGGAUAAGAUGGGGCUGGUGGACGGGGUCGUGACGGACGAUAGCGACGUGUUCCUGUUCGGCGCCAAGGCGGUGUACAAGAACAUCUUCGACAACAAGAAGUACGUGGAGACGUACUAUUUGCGCGACAUCGAAAGUGAGAUGGGCCUGGAUCAACAGAAGCUCAUCAACAUGGCCACGCUCCUUGGUAGUGACUACACCGAGGGCAUCAGCGGCAUCGGCAUCGUGAACGCCAUCGAAGUCGUGAACGCGUUUUCCGGCCCCGACGGCCUCUCCAAGUUUCGGGACUGGCUGGAUGCUCCCGACGAGGCCCUGUUCGCUGCCGCGCAAAAGAACGCCAAAGCCCGGGAAAAGCGCAACCAGGCCGAAAACAAGGCCUCCGCCAAAAUCGAGUCAGACGACGAAGACCGACCGCUCGCGUCGCUCGCCACGAAUCGGAACAGCGGAACCGGAACCGGCGAGGCCCUGUUGGAGGUCAAGGCGGAGGUGAAAGAGGACGCAGAGCUGGCGAUCGCAGCGAACCUGGCCGAAAACAGGGCCCCCAAGGAGGAAAACGAGGAGACCGUCCGUUUAAAAGCGUUUGCCGCGAAGCACCGGAACGUGAGCAAGAACUGGACGGUGCCGCCGCGGUUUCCGGACCGCGCGGUCGUGGCGGCGUACACGCGUCCGAGGGUGGAUACGUCAGAGGAGAAGUUCGAGUGGGGGCGGCCGGACCUGGAGGCGCUGCACCAGUUCUGCUUCGAACGGUUUUCGUGGCGCAAGGACAAGUCGGACGAGAUCCUGCAGCCGGUGGUGAAGGCGUUCGACGCGCACGAGUCCCAGACGCGCCUCGAGUCCUUCUUCGGGUUCAGCCAGCGAUUUGCCAAGAUCCGCUCCAAGCGGAUUGCGAAGGCCGUGACCGGAAUCACCGGAAAGAAGAACGCGGAACUCAUGGCGGACGAAAUGGAGGCGGCGCCAGUGAAGAAGGGCCGGAAGAAGAAGAGGGACGGGAAGGCUAUAGAAUCCGGAAGUGCACGGGAGAACGCGGCUGAAGCGGGAACUACGAGAGAGGCGGCACCGGCCAGGAUUGGCGGCAACAAAGAGACGAAUGGGAAGCUUAUCGAGUCAGGAGCGGAAGGGGAAGAAAUAGCUGAAGCGGGAACUUCUAGAGGUGUCGAGCUGGAUCCGGAAAUCGGAAGGAGUAUCGAGAAGGCGGCUCGGUCGGUGGGCAGGGGUGCCGGGAGGGGAACACGUGGGAGGGGUAAGGCCGCCCCACGUGGAAGAGGCGAAACGGGGACGCGUGGCAGAGGCCGUGGUCGGGGAAGGGGAGCCGAGGUUGAGAGGGCCAAAGAACUAGGAACGGGACAAGCGGAUGUGUUGAACGGGGGCCCUGCCGAAGCGGCCGCGCCGCCAUCGAGAAGGUCGAAGCGACAGAGAGCGCAAGUCGCCUACGCAGAGCCGUCGAUCGAGCAUUCGGACGCCAGCGUGAGCGACUACCAGCUGUCCGAUGACGAUCCGGACGCGUCGCCCAGCAAGCGGCCGCGGGGUUCAGGGUCCAAGGACCGGGAGACGCGCCUUCUGCAGGCCGCUGAGGCGGUGGCGGCCGCGAAGCCGCGACUUGCCGGGGUUGGAGGGGUUUCGGAUGAAGCUCCGCUGAGAGAAGUGCGGUCCGGUGACGCGACGGCGGCUGCGGACGAAUUGCUCGGGGGAGCGAAGGGUUUUGCGGUCUCAGAGGGUUUGGAGGUUUCGGAGGCGGCCGCCGUCGAGGCCCGGGAGAGCGGGGGAGGGUUCGUGUUGGAGGAAGAUGACGUUACUGCUGACGAGGAGGCGCUGCAUGGGGGGGGCGGGUUCGUGCCGGACGAAGAAGAGGAGGGGAUAGAACCGGGUACUGCGGACGGAGGGUUAGGGAAGGUUGACGGAACCGGGGAGGGUUUGCGGACGGAAACCGGGGAGGUUUCUACGAGAGACGGGGAUGGGAGCGGGGGCGUAGACGAUGCGGUGUUGCGGCUCACGAGCGAUCCCGCAGACUUCGCUUCUCGGUUGGAAGAAACAAUGGCGCAGCCUGACGGGGGGGUGGACAAGCCCAGCGGGCGCCAGUUCCUGACCCCCCUGAAACGUAAGAAGCAGGUCCGUUUUCAGGAGGACAGGGAGAAGCCCGAGCCAAAAGCGCCCAGACCGUCGCUGUACCUUGGCGCUGCGAAGGGCCCUGUGUCUGGCAGUGUUGACGGGGUUACGCCUGGGAUUGGUGCGGGACCGGUGAUGACAGGGCCUGGGAUGCUUCCUGUGCAACCGGGGGGGGCGCCGGUUGGCGGCAUGGUUUGGAUUAACCGGGGGCCGGUACUGAAUCUGUGGGUGGCGGUAGUUGCAGUGCGGCAGGGGUUCUCGUUCGAAGAGGGGCUAUCGUUUGGGAAAGCGGUGACUACGAUGUACGCGCAAACGAAGGGACGCAGGCUGGGGAUCAUCAAAGGGGGGGGUGCGGAAGAGCAGGAAAUGGAGGGGGUGGAAAUGUAUCGAGUGUUCAACACGGAGCUCCCCGCCAAACGGCUGAAAGACGGGCUCCAAGCGGUGAGCGAGAACCGGCUCCUCGCGCCGGGCCCGAUCAAGGCGUUCCUCAGCAAGGCCUUUGCGCAUAACUGGGCAUCGGCCCGGGCGGCUAUGGAGUUGCUGGCGGGCACUUAUGAUCCGGAGGAACUAGGGGCGGAGUGCUACAAUCUGUAUGUAAGAUUCAGGCCCAGCAUUCAGGACGGAGUAAAGGGGUGGGGUCAGAAGGGGCUGCUAGAUUUGGGCUUCAUCUCGGGCACGCUGGUCAGGGAGAAGCAGGAAAGAGGGCCGCUCUAACAGGCUUCCGUAUGUUCAAGUUCAUACUGUGUACUGCGUGUUGGAUGAAAAGUUCGGUUGUGGUCCUCGCUUGCAGGCGGACAGCUCAGGAUGAUCAUUCCAGUCAUCAUUGGUUGUUUCCUGUUCAUUCGUGACUACCAACUUGGCAAGCUGGACGUGUGUCGGAACCUCGAUGAUCAUGGG